GAUGGAUAGAUGUACUGAGGUUAGAGGGGCGCGUGCAUCACUAGCCGUCUUGAGUACUGAACUGAUGACGUGUUUUUGUUCACGCGAGCUUCUUAGAGCGCGAGGCGUACCUUAUCUCCCAGUGUAACGGGAAGUAGUGCGUCCUAGAACGCAUUACGACGGCUCACGGUCUCUUUUAUAACUUUCCUUGGACUAACAUUUCCUCUUCUUUUUUUUUUUUAUACCGUGGGGUUCUUUUAAAACUGUUGGAGAACCGUACCGAAAAGGACGACAAGUUGCCUGAAGGAAAAGCGGAUUAAAGUUCGUUCAAGUCACGAGUAAUUUAGCUAAGCUAGCUAGUUAGCCGAGUGAGCAUGCUAACGCUAAUGAAGCAGUGACAUGUAACAGUUUUUUUUUGUUUUGUUUUUUUUGUUUUUUAAACAGCAUAUGUUAUGGUAAUGGGUUUUAGAAAACGAGUAACGAGUAACGUUAUUUAGUGUUGUUUUUUUUUUUUUUGGUAACAUUAUAUAGACCGACCGGCUGUAUAGAAAACUAAUAAAUGUUUGUUGAACAGGAAGUGAGGUAGGUAAAUUGGAUUAAAAAAAGGUCAAAACUGUAGUAUUUAUCUUUGUUUUAUUAUUAUUGUUUUUUUUGUUGUUGUUGUUGUUUUUUUUUUUUUUUUUAGCAAUUUCCUUGCAAACACUGGAUUUUCUUUUUCUUGAUUGUACAGUGCCAAAUCAAGCGAGGUGUAUGUAGAUGUAGUAUUUAUUUUGAUGUAGCCGCUUUAUUUAGUUAGAUAUUACUCUGUAAUUUACAUCAACACAUAGCUAGCUAGACUUAGAGUAACAGGUCUUGCUUAUUCGCCUUUUGCUUUUUUCUGUUUUUGUUGUUAUUGUUUUUUUUUGUUUGUUUUUUUAAAUUUAUUUAAAGAUGCGCGAUCCAAAUGUGAAUUUUAAUUUCCUCCAUAAGACCUGCACUCUUGUUGUGCUCCUUUGCUUCCUGCACAUCUUUGUCACUGUAGUUUAUUAUGUCAGAUCGCUGGACUUCAGACAAUCAUUUGUACAAAACCAGCAACAAAUCCACCAGGUCCAGAGGAAACUGGAAGCGCAUACAGGAAGCACCGAAGAACCAAAGACAAGCAGCACUUUAGCUUCUAACAGCACUGUUAAAGAGAAAGAGCUGGAAAAAUGCCCUGAUCCGUCUCCUUUGCUUGUGGGUCCACUCCGAGUCGAGUUUUCCACUCCAGUGAGCCUUGAUCAGGUGAGGAAUGAGAACCCAGCGCUGCAGGAGGGAGGACGCUUCAAACCCAAAGAUUGCGUAGCUCUGCAGAAAGUGGCCAUCAUCAUCCCCUUCCGAAAGCGAGACGAGCACCUCAAAUUCUGGUUGUAUUACCUGCACCCGAUCCUGCAGCGGCAGCAGCUCGACUACGGUGUCUACGUCAUCAACCAGGAUGGAGAAGAGACGUUUAACCGGGCCAAACUGCUCAAUGUUGGCUACGCUGAGGCCCUGAAGGAAUACGACUACGAAUGCUUCGUAUUCAGCGACGUUGACCUCAUUCCCAUGGACGACCGAAACACGUACAAAUGCUUCAGUCAGCCAAGACACCUGUCUGUCUCCAUGGACAAAUUCGGCUUCAGACUUCCAUAUAACCAGUACUUUGGUGGUGUGUCAUCCCUAAGCAAGGAGCAGUACCUGAAGAUUAACGGCUUUCCAAAUAACUACUGGGGCUGGGGAGGCGAGGAUGAUGAUAUUUUCAACAGACUGAGCUCCAAAGGGAUGUCCAUAUCCAGACCCAGCGGUGUAAUUGGAAACUGCAGGAUGAUCCGUCAUGAACGGGACAAACAGAACGACCCAAAUCCCCAGAGGUUUGACCGAAUAGCACACACCAGAGAGACCAUGCACAGAGAUGGCAUCAACUCGUUGUCCUAUAAAGUGGUGAGAGUGGAGAAGGACCAGCUGUUUACCAAAAUCACAGUUGAUGUCGGCAAACCAUAAAACCGACGCAUUUUACAAGAACGAACUCCUAAAAGAUUUUUAAACUAUCAGGAAAACGAUGCAGUAUCCAAAUGUGCCUUGACAUUCUAAGUCGCAUAUACCUUCGAAUUUUUUUUUUUUUUUUAAAUAAUCUAUCUUUUCGAAGUGAAUUCUAUAUUUUUAAAAGACAUUGGAAAUUUAUAUGCCAUCUUUGCACAAGUGAUGGUGAACUGAAAGAAAGUGUAUGUGUGAAUCGAGGUCAUAGUGGUGUGUGUUUGAGGAUUUUUCUUUUUCUAAAGCACUCUUUACUGGGAUAUUAGAGCAUCUCUUGAGCCACAGUGGAUGCAACUUGCCAAGCAAGGCAUUAUGUAAAGAAUGUAUGCUGCAGCGUGUGUGUGUGUAUGUAUGUGUGUCUGUUCUCUUUUUCAGCUUUGCCUUAUAUCACAUCUUUAGACAUGAUGAUUUAGAUAGGAGUUUGUGCUGGACUUGCUAAAAUUCCAAGUCAUGCAAAAAGUUUAAGCCUUCUUAAAAUCCUCAUUCCACUUUUGUGACCAGAAACCAAAAAGAAGACUUGUGGGGUUUUUUUCUGAAUGUAUUCUCGGUGCUUUACUCUUUGACUGUAAAGAAAUCUAACACUCUGAGGUAGGUAAUUUAGGCAAAGAAAAUUGUAAUAUCCCCAUUCCUUUCAUAAUACAUAUUAAAAAUGUAAAAAGUCUAUAAUCUGUUUGUGGGGAAAAAUCAUUUCAGUGUUUAAAAAAAAAAGGCAUUUAAUAUUGGAGAAAUAGCAUACAACAAGAAAUGAAUGAGAGAUACAUAAUAGGCUUAAGUCCAACAAUGCAGUACAAGCCGUAUCAAAAGUGCCAACAUAUAUGGUUUAUCUGUAGCAUUCAUGAUUCUUGACACUUUACUCUGGUGAUAUGGGAGACACCUUAAAACACCCUAAAAAAAAAAGAUUUUCUGCUUUCUCAGCAAUAACAAAGGAAAUUCACUGAAGGGGAAAGGACAUGAGAUUUGGAAAAAUUGUAAAUUUUUUCUUGCUGUGGUUACUUUCACUUUUUGCAACUUUUUCUAGCUGAAUUUGAGCUGUGAAGUUACGAGCCUCAAUCUUGAGACAUUAGAAAGCAAAUGGGCAGGUUUGUGGUCUCUUUGGUUGGUAAAAAGUGGAGGCGCUGCUUAUUAUUAAGUAUCACACACCUUGAAUCUGUUUGGAUGCAUUCCAAAAUCUAAUCAGUUCUUCAAUUCCGUAUAAAUUCUGCAAAAAUUCAACCACUCAGUCAUGAGACAUUGUUGUAAGGAGAAUCUCCUACACACAGACACAUGCAAACAACAUAUGCUAGGGUUUUUGUGGUAAAUUUUUUUAAAGGACUUUCUUAUUAGCGAUGUUGGCACCUCUUCAAUGCCCAUAAUUUACUUCAGAUCACAAACAGAUAAUGAUAUUCAUUGCAACAACAAAUCAUCCACCCCUACUCUAAGGUUGUGGUUAUCUCGGAAGAUUAAAAAGCAUGUUAUAAUUUAUUACAUAUCUGAAUAUAAGUUUGGUUUGGGGAAAACCCAUAUUAAUGUAGGAUAGCUGGCCAUAUGUCUGCAUUUUCUAUGUUUUAUUUGUUUGCUUGUUUUCCCAUGAGCCACAAGCCAGAUAUAAUUAAUAUAUUAAAAUGCCUUUUGUUAUUUUGGGUGAUAACUGUGACGUAUCCGGGUUUAUGGAAAAAUAUGUCCAUUUCUGGUUUGCGCUUAAUUUGUUUCAUAGCCUUAAUUAUUUUUCAGGGUUUAAAAACUGAAAAAGUUCAAUACCUGAUUUUCUUUCUGCUUCUGUACUUCCUUAGGAGGUUCAUCUUGUAUGGUGAAAUGUUUUGUGGACUAGUGUGCUGUCAGAAAGCAGACAUGCAUUUAUUUUGUUGUGAGAGGAAAACAAAGCCAUUAAAAAUUUCAGUAGCUUAAAUAUCUUUCUAUCUCACUGAGCCUUCUGAACCCAGUAUCAAUUAUUCUUCUUUUUCUUCUUGAAUUCCAAGUGGUGACCUUGGGAUUGAGCAUGAUUGGUUCUCAAUCCCAAACUGAAUGUGUGCUCUCUAUAGGUUGCAAUUAUUUAAUACCUUUUGUAUUUCUUUUAUAUAGACAGUAAACAAAUUGCUUUUUGUUAGAUAGUCAGCAAUCUGCCAGCAAACCCAAUGCUUUCCUAUAUACAGUUUCCUCUGAAACAAUUGGAUGGCAAGGCCAAUUAAUUUUUUUUUUCUUUAGACCUAAGACAUUUGGGUUUGAGAUCAAAAGAUGGAUAUGAGAUGAGAGAUUGGGAUUGAAGCUUUUAUUUCCAGGUAUUCUGGUAUCUAAAUCUGUUAAACAACAUAAUAAUACAUAGAACCUUUUGUAUCAGACCAUCCAAUUUUUUAGUUGAGCAAAUGUAAAUGAACAGAUAAGUAAAUUAAAUUGAACUAAAUUUAAGUUAACAUCACUUAAUAUUUGGUUGCAUAUCCCUUACAAUAACUGCAUCAAGCCUGUGAGCCAUUGACAACACCAAAUUGUUGGUUUCUUCUUUUGUGAUGCUUUUCCGGAAAUAAUGCCAUAUUCACAGGUGAAACUUUAGGCUAAAACCAAGAGUAAAUGUUUUCUUUCUGCUUCUGUACUUCCUUAUGACGUUCAUCUUGUAUAGUGAAAUGUUCUUUGGACCAGUGUGCUAUUUAUUGUUUAAACGGUCAAUCUUAACAGGACACACCUGGGUAACAAGAAACACCUGUCAGUCAUGUGUUCCAAUAUUUGCUCACCUACAAAUUGGGUGGUCUGAUACAAGAUGUGCUAUAUUCUACGAUUAACACGUCUACCGUCUACAUAUAAAUACCAGGAAAUAAAAGGUGAAAUUCUCAUAUUCAUGUUUUGAUCUCAAACCCAAAUGUUUUCAGUGCACAGCAAAAACAAAAAAGCCUUGUUGUUCCAAUAGUUUUGGAGGGAACUGUACUGAGCAGCUUUCCAGGUGUUUUCCCAGCUGGGUACAUAAUUUACAGAAUAUUUAAGUCCUGCAACUGAGCGCAAGACACUUUCUUCCUUUCCAAUCCACCCCCCCCCACCUCACGACUCUUCUUUCCAGUACUCCCCAAACCCCAGUGACUUCAUCAGCAUUUCCUGUGAAAGUACUCCCAUGCCUCCUAAACUUUCCAUUCUCCUCUUUCUCCUGUCAAGCAAUGUUGCCAUAAUCAGGCAGUCAUCUACAUUUUCUAUCUAUUUGGACAAUGGCCCUUGAUCAGAGAACCAACACAUAGUUUUGGGGUUGGAUUUUUCCUCCCUUAAUCAUUUUUACAAACACUGUCUGUCUUCAUUCUCUUUUUUUAUUUGUGUUUGUCAUGCUUAAUUUCGACACACAAAGAUACAACAAUUUCUCUUGAUUACUGACUUUUGUUUUUCAUAUUGUAUUGCUGAAGAUAAAUACAGUUCUGAUCUUUAAGAAUUAAAUUCUGAUUUAUUGUAUCCCUGAUUUUGUCCUUGUCCCUUUUAGUCUCAUUUUAUAUACAGUAUACAGUGCUUUUGCAAACGCUACCAGCUGUCCAAACUGUGCUGUGGAUAAGCUUCCAUAUAAUCUGGGCAUUUAGUUCAGGUAAUAAAAAAAAAUAUUGAAAUAUGUGUGAUGUCUUCAGAGAUUAAGGUGCUAAUUUGUUGGUUGAUGCUGUUUUAGUUAUUCCCAUGAGAAUAUUAUUGAAUUAUUCACAUCUCAAAAAUAAGGGAAAACGGUCAUGUUUCACUGGAAUCUCUACCCUGACUCGCCAUUUUUUGUGUAAACUUUGGACUCAAAGACCCAUAAUGCAGUGGUGUUGCCAUGGGUAUAGAGUGGUGCAGGGAUGAUGUAAUUUUGUACCAGAACCCAGAAAUUACAUAGCAUCACACUAGUUCCCUUGACAAAAACCCAAAAGGAUUUUCCCAUGGGCUUUUGGAUUAUUGCAAAAAAAAUAAAUAAAAAGCUCUGUGAGCAACAAAAGUUUACAAUAUUAACAUCUUUUGUCCAUCAAAAAUAAUUUUCACAAAUGAACACAACUUUUUUGAAGUUUGAAGCCUAAAUAAAAUCACCAGAAAUAAAAAAGGCUAAGAAAUAAAAAGGGCUAAAAUGCUAACUCGUUUCCAGGCUUUGGCAUACAAAAUGACAUCAUCCCUGCACCACUCUAUUAGAAUGAAAGUUGAAACUUUGGAAGCUGAUCUGUUUGAGGCGUGUGGAGAGGUUAUGAGGUGAGAGAUCUGGACAGACUAAAGGACUACUGCAUUGCUCUUUUUAGGUAGAGAUGAAGAGCUCCCACUGCACUGCUAUCAUCAGGUAUUUGAAUGGCAUUGUUGGUAAUGUAGGAAACCAUUUUAAAGUUGAAAAUUGUGCAAAAUGUCUAUGAAAGAUGCUUAAACCAAAAAAAGUCUACUCUAAAUUUUGUUGGAUGCCAUUGAAUAUCACGUUAAUUCAUGUGGUUCAGAGUGUUUUUUUUUCCUUUAAAAACCUGCUGAAUGGCACCGGUUUGGAGCGAUUUGAGUGACAUGGGGUGGAGAGUGAUGUCACACAGCCAAAAAAAAAUCAUUUUUAAUAUUUCAAACAAUAAACCAGCAUAAACGUUCGUUUUUGCAGCACAAAUUAGCACAAACGAAUGGCAUAGUUUUGGGGAUUACUUAAUUUCAUGAGGUGCCAACAUCAUGUUGGUUUACCAAAACCCUUCUAUUUCAGUGUGUUCCAACUUCUGUUACUCAAUAGCAGUAGCACUUAGUGAUUCUUCUGUGGAAAAAAAACUUGAGAAAAGAGUGUCACCUUUCAAAAGAAUCCAAAACCAUGCAUGUACUCCAAAUGGUUCAAGAACAGCUUUAAUUUUACUUUGAGUUUGCCUUGGAUAUGUGUUUUAGGCUAAUUUGACAGGGACUUUUAGCUGCUCUGUAUUUCUUUAUUUGUUGAAUAUUGGUAAUGUACAAUCAAUACAAUACAAUCAGUGUUAAAAUAUUGCCUGGCAACUCCUAAAGUAGUUGCAGCAUGUAUAUGUGUUUGGGUUAAUUGUAACACUCAUAAUAAUUACUUGCGUUAACUCCCAUAGCCGGAGGCUUUUAAAAACCCAGUCAUUAACUUUGUCUGUGCACUUCGCUUGCAGUAAUACAUUCUUUUGUGACAAAGAUUAUUUCCUUUGUUUGUUCUCUGUUAGUAAUUGAAUGAUUUCAAAGCACUCCAAAGUUGUGCUCUUUUAGGCAUGUAUUGUACUACAGGGAGUAGAACCUUUCCUUUCAUACAACAUUAAAUAUAAAACUAUAAAUGGAGAUAAUGUAAAACGUGUGAAUGUUUAAUAUAUAAAAAUGUAAUCUUUGGCAAAUUGCUGUGAAAUAAAAUACUUUGGGACAUGCUGUUAAUAUAAAUUUAAUCAAGUUCAUCGAGGUAACUGGUACUCCGCUUCAUGCCGAGUCACAUCGCACCUGUGUGUCAUUGAAUUUUAAAAAAAAAAAUUUUGGGAUAACAUCAUGGCAAACAUCUUUGAAUAUUUCAACUCCGAAUGCUCAAAGUAUUUUUUUUUUUCCAAUAAUGCUACAAAUUAAUGAAUUCAUCAAGUCACUGUUCAGUUGUUAGUUAUUUAUCUGUGCUGUUGUAAGCAAGGGAUUUUACAAUUCCCUCAAAUUAUUGGAAUAACAAGGCCAAUUCUAUUGUUUUCGCUAUACAUUGAUCACAAACGCAAAUGUCUUCAAAGGAUGAAUGACACGAUAAAUCAGAAUUUCAGCUUUCAUUUCCUUAUAUUUACAUCUAGAUGUGUUAAACUUAAAAUAUGCCUUCUUUUGUAGCAGACCACCCAAUUUUUAGGUGAACAAAAGUAUGAGGAAAAAGUAAGGAACAGAGACUAAAGUUAAGUAAAGUAAAUAAAACUUAAUAUUUGGUUGGAUAUCCCUUACUCGCAAUAACUGCAUCAAGCCAGCAACUCACUGACAUCACCGAACUGUUGCAUUCAUCUUUUGAUCUCAAACCCAAAUGUCUUCAAUGUACAUGUAAGUGUAAAAAAUUUUAUCGGCCUUACUGUUCCAAUAUAGCAUGCAGUUUGAAUAGCCAAGGAAUAUGGCUUCAGUAUGCCUGAGAUGAUGCUAAAUAAACAAGAAUGUAUCAAGUUUCUGCUAAACCUAUUUCCCAGUUUUUGAACAUGUUCUGCUGUACAGGGGCCAAUGCAAACAAACUGCAAGGCAAACAGUCUUUGAUCUCUUUCAAUAAGAUUGAAGUUCUAUGAAGCUUGCUGUGCUUGUGCCUCUAAAGGCAUGAAACAAAUCCAGAUAGCAGGAACUACUGUGUUAAUGACUACUUCAACUUCUAACAAAUCUUUAUUGACUUACAUUAAUGCAUUUAUUAUGUCUUAUUGUCCUUCAAGCUCUCCUUAUUCUUAAGAAAAUGUUUUCCUGACACGAAGGGGUGGUAACCUGUGGACAUGUCCCUGAAGAUGUUUGUAUUUAAGCUGUGUGUUCACAGACACAAGCCAGACCAGACCAGAUACCAUACAUAUUCUGGAGAUUUAGAAACCAUCAAUGAUCAGAGCAUUCACUUUAAUAAUAAUUCACAUUACAUAUCACUUUUUGUUUGUUUCCGUUUUUGUGUGCACUUAAUACUUGUUAAUCAGACAAAAAAAAGCAUAGCUUGUUAUGUUACAGAAAAAAAAGGCAGAAAAGCACACACCCUCUGUCCUGAAGACUUUCCCUUGUCAGAAAACUUUUACAAUGCAGUGACACUGUGGACUCCUCUCAUAAAUUUUAAUAAACAUCUUACAAAACAGUUACAUAAAA